AUGGAGCCUCCUCCAAAAAAGGCACCUCAAGGCCGCUCUCCAUCUAGACCAUCGUUCCUAGCUCCUACCAAAGCGAGUUUAGCGAGAUCCAACCCCGAAAUACUUGAGCGCGCGUUAAGUCGCUCGCCAACAAGAACAUCUAUGAGCAAAGGUAGUCAAGAUGAGCAACAAAACCAAGCGGAACCGAGGGGGUUUGGGCUGCGCGACCGAAAAGCCCUCAGACCCUCGCUGACAAUACCUGCAAGUCCCACCGAUGCCCUCAAACAAAUCAAACAAUCCCCUGUAUCCUUUACAAAACGACGCGCGAGCGGUCUAGGUGCGUUUGCCGCGCCGCCACGACGAGUGUCAAGAAGAAUUAGCGCUUUGGAUUUUCAAUUUCAAUCGCCAACAGCGACGCGAAUAGGUCGAGUGGAACCGAGUAUUGUGAACACCCCAGAGGACCAGUUAGCAUCCGAGCUAGGUAGCGCAACAGGGGCAGCCGAUAUGGACGGCGAUUUCGACGAACCUUCCUUGCAUGACGACGGGUUCGAAGAACCCGAUCUGCCCCCAACUCCAACCCAGUUAGGCCUGGAAAGACCGCCCGGACGACCAAAGGGCCUAUUAAGCAGUAGUCCUGGUAUGCAACAAGGAAAGUGGGGGGAACGGCGAGCUCCGGGUGGACGGGAACAGAGCCCUUCGAAACUCCGGACAGUUGAUUAUGGUGCUGAGCCAGAGGACUUGGCCAGGCGCAGUCCAAUCUUGGGCGAAGCAUUAGUCUCGGAGCCGGUUCAGAAGAAGAGGAAACUCAAACAAGAGCUCUCAAGUGAGCUGGAGACUCUCAAGCAGGACGUCGCAAAACUAGAGGGGUUGUCUAAGAAGCUGGACCGGCCGGGAGACAAUAUGGAACCCUAUUGGAACGACUUAAUCUCCUUACUGAUAUCUACGGAUCCCACUUACACUGCCUCUAAAACUCGCUCUGGGGACCCGACGAUUUCAGCCCUUAUAUCGACGCUGCUCCCCUUCUCCACACAACGGCCUCCAAAACCGCCAAGAACAUCUCCCCAAACGAAUCCAUUUGCGCUCAGUGAAAAGGCACAGACCGAAUCGUAUUUGUCUGCUUUUGCUCCGCUAAACCUCACCACAUCCUCAAGCAUGGCUUCUCCUUCGAAGCCCGACCUCCUGCUCGAACAACAUAAAUUAACGCUGUCUGCGCCACGGCCCUUCCCACCCAAAUCCUAUGAUAUCUCAGUCUCCUACGAAACAAACCCCGAAACCCAGUCUCUAGUCUCCCUAUCAGCACAUAAUAACCCCUCCGACCCGGACUUGAAAGUACCAUCCUACUUACAGCAAUGGAUAAACACAAGGCUCAACAACCCGCUUCUAAGACUGGACGUCUCGGGCCUCUGCUGGGGUAUCAACCGUUACUGGGAAGCGCUGAUAUCACGAGCCCGACUAUGGGCCCAAAUAGAGGAGCAGCAUGCUACCCUUAUUACGGCCUACAACACACGACCCAGGAAUCCUAGCAAGCCAAGCACUCAAGACACCACCACCACCACCACCACCACCACCCUAGAAACGAAUACGGAGAGUCUCACCACAUCUGACCUGCGAUAUAUACUACCACACCUCCAGCGUACCUCUAUGCUGUUCGAAUCUAGGGAGAAAUCCCUCCGAGUAAUCGUUUCAUGCGAGCUCACCCUUGACGAGUGGACAAGCGAGCCAGAGCUCUUACCGAGUAUAUGUGUUUCGACUACACUCGCCUCGGACUCUAAAGGAACCCUGAAUUACAAUCCCAAGGCAGAGCAAGAAUCAAAGAAGCUCUUCCAAGCUAUUUUAACCGAGAAGACACAUAUCCAGCCGGGAACCGCGGGCGGUGCCGAUGCCGAUGCCCAGGCAAUCACUAAGGCAACGCAAUGCGUCCUAAAUGCCUUAUUUGGGGAAGACCAUGGCAAAGGGAAGGGGAAGGAGAGGUGA